GAAGACAACACACAGAACCUCACUGUUUUCUGUUCUGUCCCAAAUCGAAACUCCAACCAAACGAACUCUGUCCUUAAAUUUCUCGCCUAAUUCGGAACCUUUCGCGCUGCAGAAACCAAAUCUCGGUGAUUUUUUUUUUCAGGAAUGCCAUCAAUGGCGCAAGGAGAAGCCAAGAGCUCUGUACUAAGCAAUAAACCAAACCCUAAAUCUCCUUCUCGCUUCAGCAUGAGGCAGAAGAUAACAGAACAUAGAAAGUCUCUUCCUAUAGCUUCAGUGGAGAAACGUCUUAUUGAGGAGGUUCAGAAGAAUGAUAUUCUGAUUAUUGUUGGUGAAACCGGUAGUGGGAAGACUACUCAGUUGCCUCAGUUCCUGUUUAAUGCUGGUUUCUGUCGGGAAGGAAAGAUGGUAGGGAUAUCACAGCCGAGGCGUAUCGCUGCUAUGACCGUGGCUAAAAGGGUAGCUGAGGAGUGUGAUGUUCCGUUAGGCCAAAAGGUUGGCUACUCCGUUAGGUUUGAUGAUACCACUUCUAGCUCCACGAGGUUGAAAUACAUGACUGAUGGUUUCUUGCUGAGAGAAGCCUUGGUGGAUCCGCUUCUUUCUAGAUAUUCAGUCAUUAUCGUCGAUGAAGCUCACGAGAGGACUGUUCAUACUGAUGUGCUUCUUGCCUUGCUUAAAAAGGUGCAGCGAGAUCGGUCAAAGGCUGUUAACGAGAGAAGUAGCGAGACUGGUGGUGGUGUGUUAAGAGGGUGUCAAGGCAGGAAAGUAUCUCCGUUAAAGCUGAUAAUCAUGUCCGCAAGUUUGGAUGCACGUGUGUUCUCUGAGUAUUACGGUGGUGCCAAAGCUCUUCAUGUGCAGGGGAGACAGUUUCCUGUGAACGUUCUUUACACUGUUCAUCCUGAGACAGAUUAUGUUGAUGCAGCUUUGGUCACUAUAUUUCAGAUUCAUAUGGAGGAGAAGGAAGGUGAUAUACUUGUUUUCCUCACUGGACAAGAUGAGAUUGAGUCUGUUGAGAGACUAGUCCAAGAAAGACUUCAGCAUUUACCUGAAGACAAGAGGAUGCUACUGCCAAUGACUAUCUUUGCUGGUCUUCCAUCAGAGCAGCAGAUGAGAGUGUUUGCCCCUGCGCCUAUUGGUUUCCGUAAGGUGGUUUUGGCCACAAAUAUAGCAGAGACGUCAAUUACAAUUCCUGGAAUAAGAUAUGUGGUAGACACUGGAGUUGUUAAGGCACGAACCUAUGAUCCGAACAAAGGAAUGGAGUCGCUUGAUGUUGUUCCAACAUCAAAAGCACAGGCGCUUCAAAGAAGUGGACGUGCAGGACGUGAGGGUCCUGGGAAAUGUUUCCGUCUUUAUCCUGAGAGGGAGUUUGAGAAGCUGGAGGAUUCAACCAAACCAGAGAUCAAGAGAUGCAAUCUCUCAAAUGUCAUCUUGCAGCUCAAGUCUCUGGGGAUUGAUGAUAUUGGUGGAUUUGAUUUUAUAGAUAAACCUUCUAGGGGAGCCAUUGUAAAAGCAUUGGAGGAGUUGCGGUUGCUUGGCGCCUUGACGGAUGAUGGUAAACUAGAGAAACCCGUUGGCGAACAAAUGGCACGGCUCCCAAUGGAUCCAGUUUACUCCAGAGCUCUGAUUUUGGCCAAUCAGUUCAACUGUCUUGAGGAAAUGUUAAUCACCGUUGCAAUGCUCAAUGUGGAAUCCAUAUUUUAUGAUCCUCGUGAGAAGAGAGAAGAGGCAAGAACUUCAAAAACCACUUUACUAGCGUUUGAAGGGAUCAUCUAA